AUGAAUCAUGAAGAGCUAGAGUCCAUAAACAAUGUUUCCACAGUGAUACAGUUUGUGCUCAUAGGAUUUUCUGACCUGCCCAACCUCCAAGGAUUUCUAUUUGCAGUGUUUUCUGUAGUUUAUAUUAUUAUCUUGAUUGGAAAUUUCCUCAUAAUCAUAAUAAUCAGUACGGACCAAGCAUUACAGAAACCAAUGUAUUUUUUUCUGGCAAAUUUUUCCUCUCUGGAAAUCUGUUAUGUAUCAGUGACUGUCCCAAGGAUUCUGUUCAACAUUGGGACACAGAACCGAAGCAUUUCACUGAUGUCCUGUGCUACACAACUGUGCUUCUUCCUUGUUUUUGGAACUACUGAAUGUUUGUUGCUAGCUGUGAUGUCCUAUGACCGAUAUGUGGCCAUAUGCAACCCUCUGCACUAUCCUCUGGUCAUGAACCCAACAAAGUGCACACAGCUGGCAGCAGUCUCCUGGCUUGGAGGCAUCCCAGUCCAGAUAGGACAAACUUGUCAGAUAUUCUCUAUGAAUUUUUGUAAUUCUUACAAAAUCAACCACUUCUUUUGUGACAUACCACCAAUUCUCACGCUGGCUUGUGGAAACACUUCAGUGCAUGAAUUGUCUGUCUAUGUGGUCGUUAUGGUGGUGGCUGCAUUCCCCUUUAUAUUGGUGCUUACAUCCUACAGCAAAAUCAUUGCCACCAUCCUGAGGUUGCCAACAGCCAAAGGUCGGGGAAAAGCCUUCUCCACAUGUUCUUCCCACCUGCUGGUGGUACUAUUGUUUUAUGGAUCUGCUACGGUUACCUAUUUGAGACCAAAGUCCAUGCAUUCUCCUGGAACUGACAAACUCCUGUCUCUGUUCUACACCAUUGUGACUCCCAUGUUCAAUCCCUUAAUAUACAGCCUUAGGAACAAGGAAGUGAUUGCUGCACUGAGAAAGUUAAUACUAAAAAAAUAG